UAAGGGCAAGGAGGUGCAGCUCUGUCAUGACAGCACAUUGAGAAGAUCAUCUAUGAGGAGUAGCUCAGCCCAGACAUCAACAGGAUUGUUUUCAUUUGAGGGUUGUGACACAGAGAUGUGCACAAAAAUCCAUAAUGAUUAUGUCAAAACAUUCAGAGAGGCAGCUGAGCAGUCCAACGAUAUUCUCACUGAGACAAAUCCUCCACUGAGCGCAGCUGGAGAGGAAGGGAGCCACAUAGAGACAAAGGGUUUGAUGCAUGACCCUGUGGAUAUGUCUGGGCUACUGAAGUACCCGGGCGAUCAAGAGAGAGUGGAUACACCACAGCUUUUGCCUGCUCCUGAAGCAGUCACAUCUACUCCAACCUAUCAGCAUGAAGACAUUGCCGCUUCUAAUGAAAGUAAAGAUGCUCUUGAGCAUCUUGAGAGAGCUGACAUUGGCACCAAAGUUGAGAUUAUGGAGACAUCUGGACUGCUUUCAAAUGAAGCUGAACCAUAUUCAGAAGCCAUACUGGAUGCUGACAUACAUAGUGAGAUGAAAGCCCAUGCAAUGAAACUGGAGGUCACAGAGCCGUCCCCCGCCACAGAGCAACUGGAGUCUCACCAGGAGAACACCGAGAUGCACUUGCAGCAUGCAGUUAACUGCACUUUGGUCAAAACUGAAGAUGUUCUUAAACUCUCUGAGACCAAUGACGCUGCCAAGGCAUCUGCUCUUUUGGAGGCGGAGGUCUCCACACUGCUGUCACUUGGUGCAAGACUGUCCUCUCCAGUCCUCCGGGAUCAUAAGAAAUGUCUACAGCUAAAUACAGAGGCUGCUCCGUUAUGUAUUGGGAAUAACAUGCGCCAUACUGACACUGGCCUUGAUGCUCCUGAGGAUGUUCCUUUGAAUAACACACCAAAGGAGACAAAUGCACUGUCUGGUUGCCUUAAGGACUGUACUCAACAGAACAGCAGGGUUGUGACCUCAGAAGUGUCUUCAUUGGAGGGCACUUCCUCUCAGCAUAAGACAGGCAUUCGUGAUGGCAAGAUUCUGAAGAGCCAAGAUGCUGCUAAAAAGGCCACACAUUCAGGCAGUAAAAUAAGUGCAGAAGUAAAAGCCCCUGCUAUCCUAUCCCUGUCAACUCUCAGCCAACUCCUACACAGUGCCUCACAAAAACUGCUGUAUGGGAACCUCAAACAGAGUAAUAAGUAUUUAAGCCAGGAGGAGUUUGAGGAUCGUCUCAAGGAGUUCAAGACUGCUACACCUGAUAGCAAAUGUGACAUGAUGGAGGAAGGCUUGCUACCUGAUUCUUGGCAUCCAUCAGCUGUACCGAUCCACGAACAAUACUGUGAAAUGGUGUAUGAGACUCAUAAUUUUGGAGACUCCAAUAAACCUCAGAUGAAUGGUAAACAUGAGGAUCAGGGAAAAACUGGACAGCCACUGGCACAGACAUAAAGAGGCUGUGAAAGUGCCAUAUCCUGCAGUGCCAAGCUAUCAAAAUGUGCCUCAUCUUAAAGAGCCAAUGCAGGCAGUGCUAAGCCAGCAAAAUGUGCCUCAUCUUAAAGAGCCAAUGCAGGCAAACAUGUCUCAUUCUGCAGUGCCAAGCCAGCAAAAUGUGCAGCAUCCAAAGCCAAAGCCACAAAAGCCUGAGAAUAAAGAGCAAGAGCAAGAUGAGUCUGAAAAGGGUGUGUCAAUUCCUCAGCUUGAACUGGAAAAGCUGGUGCACACUGUGGUUAAGGAGAUAUGGGACAUGUACGACCUUGGAUGUAUCUGCAGAACGGCUGUAUUUAAAAUGGCCAAGCCACAGCCCUCUGAAGAGUUCCUGCGAAACUUAACUUGUGCACGCAAUAUCAAGACGGCAGUCAGGAACAAUUACUGCAAGCAUAUAUUUGAACUCUGCUGGGGUAUCCUUUUGGGCCUGUUUCCUAAACCGGAUGAUUCAGGAUAUGCCUGGUAUAAGCCACGGCCUGAGGACAAUAUUCAAUCAAUAAAUUCCUCUGUUGACUUCUCCAAGGUUAAGGAGUAUGUAACCAGGAAGGUCUUUCGAUUGUGUGGAUUUCCAACUGAACCGAAAGGAGCUAAGCAUAUUCAGUUUCAUCUCGAGGAUGAACUCGAGCUUUACCCAAGACCCAAAUGUGGAGACUGACGACAAAGAUUACAUCCCCCCUGCAUCGAGUCAGACAAGAGUGGGCAAACGUAAGGGCCAGGCAAAGAAGAAAAAGCCUGGGUGUCUAGUGUCAGUCCCAGACCUGGAGAGAACAGUACAGGGACGGCUCGAGCUGUCAGAGCAGCCAGAGAGCGCGCUGACCAGCAGAGGCGUUUGGAGAAGUCACCGUGAGAGUCUGGCAGCAACACAGGUGUUCUUGCUACGUAGCCAGUAACUAAAAUGCUCCAUGUAGUCAGUGGUUACACCCAAUCGUUCUGUUUACUAUUAGAGGUCAUUAUUAUUACCAUUUAUUACACGGCUCUUUAUAAUGCUGUAGAAUGCUCCAUUCACUCUGAUGGGACUUCCCAACGUCCUACGGUCUGAUAAUUUUUAAUACCGGACCUUUGCGAAGUAUAACCAGAGAAUGUCAAGGAAAGUGAAACUCGGCAGGCCACGGCCAGCGCUGCAUCACUGUCGGGAGAUAUGCCACGAUAAUGACCGCCUUACAGAACGUUAUUCCUUACACAAUCAUCCUCUACAACUAACAAUAAAACUUUCUAAGAGCACAGUGGCUACAUUUCAUGUAACAUAAA